CCCUUGCGGAGGUUGUAUCAGUCGCUGUCGCCGCCGUUCCGGCACGUCGCCCGCGAGGAGUCAGACUGUUAGCCAUGCCGGGACUGCUGCUGGGGGACGAGGCCCCCAACUUCGAGGCGGACACCACGCACGGCCGCAUCCGCUUCCACGAUUUCCUAGGAGACUCAUGGGGCAUCCUCUUCUCUCAUCCCCGUGACUUCACUCCAGUCUGCACCACUGAGCUGGGUCGAGCAGCAAAGCUGGCCCCUGAGUUCAGAAAGCGCAAUGUUAAAAUGAUAGCCCUCUCUAUUGAUGAUGUCAGUGACCAUCUCGCCUGGAGUAAGGACAUCAAUGCUUACAACGGUGAUGAGCCCACAGAGACGCUCCCCUUUCCCAUAAUUGCCGAUGCAAAGCGGGAACUUUCAAUCAAGUUGGGCAUGUUGGACCCAGACGAGCGGGACAAGGAGGGCAUGCCGCUGACUGCGCGUGUGGUGUUUGUUUUCGGCCCAGAUAAGAAGCUGAAACUGUCAAUCCUCUACCCAGCAACCACUGGCAGAAAUUUUGAUGAGAUCCUAAGAGUAGUGGAUUCCCUGCAGCUGACUGCAAAGAACAAGGUUGCUACCCCAGUGGACUGGAAGCGUGGAGACCGUGUCAUGGUUAUUCCCAGCAUGCCAGAUGACGAGGCCAAAAAGCUGUUUCCUGAAGGAAUCUUCACCAAGGAACUCCCGUCGGGCAAGAAGUAUCUCCGCUACACCCCGCAGCCUUAGAGCACGUCGCUGCCGCAGAGAUACCAGACUGCCGAUCAUGUGGUUUUAGCAGAACCAUUCGCCUUGGUGUGGCCUGCGUGGGAUGGGGAGCACAGACAGAGGCUGCUCCAGGGAGUAGUUGUCAGAACAGUUAAACUGACAGCUGCUGUGCCUGGUGUUUAGCUUCUGAGGGAGCCUUCCUGGGGCUGACUCCGAGUUGAUUAGUGUCAUGGCAGAUGCUGGUUCUGAUAAGCCAUGUGAUCAGCAGCCUUGUAUUGUCUGCUUGAAACCAGCUGGGCUGCAGCAGUACAAUAUGAAAUUCUUGAUCAUUCAUUCACUUGGUACUCACCCCACACACCUUUAGCUAGAAAACUGAAAUGUGUCUACUCCAUUGGGAACUGCUAAACAUGUGGAAGAGGAUGAUGGAUUUGUAAUAGUGCUGAAUGCUUGUUCUCUUGGGUCUCUCCUGUUUAAUAUUGGUGCUGGGGCAGGCUGGAAACACUUCAGGCUUCAAAAGGAAGAUCCCAUCCUACAAUGAGAUGCACCCCUGCAAGUAAUGAUUCACAAUGUGACAAAGAUUAUCAAAGUAGCUGCAGCUGGGCUGUGAGAAUUGCUGAAUAAGCAGCCAAAAUUGGAUGGGGUGGUAGGUCAUGAAUUGUCCAAGCUGCCAUGUGCCUUUAGAACUAAAAUUACUCUAACUUGUUAAUCAAAAACUUACUUUGAUAAGUUUACCAAAGCCCAUGCUGCAUUAGAGGAGCUGUAUGCUCCUCUGUAGUUACAUGGCUUUAUUACAGAUCUGUAUUUUUCAUGAGGUUUUUUGCUUAGAUAGUUGCCUGAUUUUUGCUUUCUUGGAGGGGGGAAUUCAACAAAUAAAGCCGCAUUUACCAG